AUGACUAUUGUUCGAGAUGAGCAACCCCGCUCCUGGUCCCACCACUUUCAGCGCGUUACGAUCAACAUGGACGUGGUAUCACAGGAAUGCAUCAACAUGAUCAACGAAAAAGAAGUGCAAGAACUCCUUAAGCGAGAUGGAGUUCGUCACGCCUCCUUCGGUCAAGCCGUAGCCGAUAACAACAACGGCAACAAGCUCGCCAACGGCUACAUUUCGAAGCUUGAGAUUACCGGGUUCAGCCACAAGACGAAAAAGCUUACUCGCUUUGAUAGGUCUCGGCGCUGGGAUUGUGAUGUUUCUAUUGCCUAUAAUGCUGUUCAGGAAUUUGUCACCAUGGAUGAUGCAGAGAAGGAUGGGGAUUUCAGCCGGCCCCCGAUUCAAGCUGUAAACGACCUGCGUCAACAGUUUACGAAGUAUGGUGUCUAG